AGGCGGCGAUGUGUCAGCUGGUAUUCAGGCUCUGGUUGUGAGCUCAGAUGCUCCCCCUCCCCAUCUCCCCAAAUCCGCCCACCCACCCCUUUACCCACUGCUCCGGGCCUUCUGGGUGGCAGCCCUUCGCAGAGAGAGCAAGAGAAAGGAGCAGCCUAGAGCCCUGGGCGGCUGGGCUGGGGGACCCGACUCCCUCGGCCCCCUUCCUGGUGCCGAUGGGGCAGCCCUCACACCCACGGGCGCCGGCACCCCGGAACACCCCCCGCGCCCCGCUUUUGGAGAGGGAGCAGCUGCAGCCCCGCCGCGCCUGACCCCACUUGGCUGAGGAUGCGCCCUGCGCGCGGCGGCCCGCUGGCCCCCGGGCCCGGAGGCGAUGUGUAGGCAGCGACCCCCCACCCCCGGAGCGGGCUCGCUGCCGCCGCCGCCUGCUGGGGUCCACCCUGGCGGCCGGCUCUCGGAGACACCCCUGCUCGCCGCGCCCCUCCCCGGGCCGUGGCGUCCCCGGAGUCUCGCAGUAUUUCCUCCCUGCACCUUUAAGAAGACCGCUGCUCUGUGGUGGGAUGGUGUGUUAGAGCCACACAGAGGAAGUUACGCAGCCCGGAUCAGGCCGAGAGAUAAAAGCCCGAUGGUGAUCGCCAGCGAUGGCAAGAGGAUUGUGCCUGGGCAUUAACUUGGAGCGGCGCGCGGGGGGGCCCUGAGCGCCCCGCCAUCUGGCCCGCGCCCUGCUGGGGCGGGAGGGGGGAUGCCCCGGCGCUCCAACCGACAGCAGCCGCGGAGCCCGCCCAGGCCGGCUCGCCGCACCCAGCGCCGCUCGAGGACGGCGGCGGCCUCGGUCUGCGCCCCGAGCCGCCGAGCCGGGCCGGAGGGCUGUUGCACGGUUGUGUUGAGCGAAUCACACGUUAAGGGCCCUUUAAAGACCUGGAUUGAUUGGAAGGACAGAAAUUAAAAGCAAUCUGAUCCAGUCCCACGCCGGAUCCCUGUGGAUUUUCUCCUUAUCCCAUUUCCACCCACUGUCACAAUUUGAGAGUCUGCCUGAUUUGAUCAGAUUCACCUCCGGGGGAGGUGUUCGCACCAAGGUUAGGAGGACGAAAAGUUACAGGGCAACUUCUUGAUCUGCCCAUCAGCAGUCUGAGAAACGCUGGCUCUGAAUUUUCCGCAGCGGCCUUCUGGAAAGAACAAGUUCCUCGCUGUUCUCAAACCUGCAGUGCUCAAGCCUCUGGGACGUCCCGGCCACUGCCGCCUGGUAGAUGUGGCUUUUCCAUGCUGAGGCCGAGAGUCCUGCCUGAGCCCGCGGCUGCCUCCCCAGGGCAUCUCUGGGCCGCGCCCCUGCGGCCUGCACAGCCAUGCUGCACCUGCUGCCGCUCCUCCUGCACUGCCUCACGCUGGCCUCCUCGGACUACGACAUCUGCAAAUCCUGGGUGACCACGGAUGAGGGCCCCACUUGGGAGUUCUACGCCUGCCAGCCCAAGGUGAUGCGCCUGAAGGACUAUGUCAAGGUGAAGGUGGAGCCCAAGGGCAUCACGUGUGGGGACCCCCCAGAGAGAUUCUGCUCCCACGAGAACCCCUACCUGUGCAGCAACGAGUGUGACGCCUCCAACCCCGACCUGGCCCACCCGCCGCGCCUCAUGUUCGACCGCGAGGACGAGGGCCUGGCCACCUACUGGCAGAGCGUGACCUGGAGCCGCUACCCCAGUCCGCUGGAGGCCAACAUCACCCUGUCCUGGAACAAGAGCGUGGAGCUGACCGACGACGUGGUGAUGACCUUCGAGUACGGCCGGCCCACCGUCAUGGUCCUGGAGAAGUCGCUGGACAAUGGGCGCACGUGGCAGCCCUACCAGUUCUACGCCGAGGACUGCAUGGAGGCCUUCGGCAUGGCCGCACGCCGGGCCCGGGACAUGUCCCCGUCCAGCGCCCACCGCGUGCUGUGCACCGAGGAGCACUCGCGCUGGGCUGGCUCCAAGAAGGAGAAGCACGUGCGCUUCGAGGUGCGGGACCGCUUCGCCAUCUUCGCGGGCCCCGACCUGCGCAACAUGGACAACCUGUACACGCGGCUGGAGAGCGCCAAGGGCCUCAAGGACUUCUUCACGCUCACCGACCUGCGCGUGCGCCUGCUGCGGCCCGCGCUGGGCGGCACCUACGUGCAACGCGAGAACCUGUACAAGUACUUCUACGCCAUCUCCAACAUCGAGGUCAUCGGCAGAUGCAAGUGCAACCUGCACGCCAGCCUGUGCUCCGUGCGAGAGGGCAGUCUGCAGUGCGAGUGUGAGCACAACACCACCGGCCCCGACUGCGGCAAGUGCAAGAGGAACUUCCGCACACGCGCCUGGCGCGCUGGCUCCUACCUGCCGCUUCCCCACGGCUCCCCCAAUGCCUGCCGCCCUGCCCCGCGCCCCGCCUGUCCCCGGCGUCCCGUCCCCGGCGCUCCGCGGCUCUGCCGGGAGCUUCCUUCGCGCUGCUCUGGAAAGCUGCGGGCCUCGCCUGGGUCCCUUCGUCUUGGUCGGACUCCCUGCGCCCCCGCCCGCCCUGCCACCACGAGGCCGGGGGUGCGAGCCCCUGUCCCCGUGCGGUGUGCCGCUCAGCCCAGCCCCCAGGGCACCCGCAGGGGGCAGGGAGCCCGGAACUCAGGAGGAGGAGGAUGGGCGGGCGUGCACAGGACUCCUUGGUUUAACCCCAAAAGCCCCCACUCCCCGGGGAGAUUUGUCAUCUCGAGUGCCAGCAAGAGCAGCCGGGCCCGGGAUAUAGCUCAGCAAG